AUGAAAGCCGGCCAGUGGAACGGGGCGACAAAGUCCAUCGAGCUCAACAACGUGCCCGUCCCCGAGCCUGCGGAGGGCCAGUUCCUCAUCAGGAUGCACUCGGCAUCCCUGUGCCACUCGGACCUGAUGCCCGAGGGCCGCCCGGACGCGCCGACCACAAUGGGCCACGAGGGCGUCGGCUUCGUCGAGGCGAUCCACCCGUCCGCCGAGGGGAAAGGCUUUGUUGUGGGCGACGCCGUGGGCUUUCUGCCGUUCCUGGACGCCUGUUUUGCGUGCGACGCGUGCCACGUGCACAACCUCCGCUGCGAGCAGGGGACGACCAAGCUGCAAGGGUGGACGUCGGACGGCUUCUUCGCCGAGUAUGUGGCGGUGAGCUGGCAGAAUUGCGCCAAGAUCCCGCCGCAGCUGGACAUGGCGCGGGCGGCGCCGCUGUUUUGCGCGGGCGUGACGGCCUUCCACGCCGUCACGGGCUGCGCGCUGGCGCCGGGCGAGUGGCUGGCCGUUGUCGGCUGCGGCGGCCUCGGCCAGUACGCGACGCAGUUUGCCAAGGCCAUGGGCUACAAGGUGGUGGGCGUGGACAUCCAAGACGACGUGCUGGCGGCCGUCACGGCGCUGGGCGCAGACGCUGUCAUCAACACGCGGACCACGACGGCGGCCAAUGUCGACGAAGCCAUCCAUGCGCUCACGGCCAAGGGCGUGCACGCCGCGGCCGUGUUCUCGGCCGCCACGGCCGCCUACGAGACGGCCAUCACGCUGCUGCGCCCCGGUGGCCUGCUCAUGGUGGUGGGCAUCACGGACACGCCGCUGCCCGUCACCGCCAUGGACCUGUGCACGGGUCGGUAUCGCCUCAAGGCCAAAAACACGGGCACGGCUCGCCGCAUGCCGCCCGUGCUGGCCUUUGCCGCUCACCACCGCAUCCAGCCGGCUGUCGACUUCCGCACGCUCGAGGACCUGCCGUCCAUGGUCGAGGCCAUGCACCAGGGCCAAGCCACGCGCAGGCAGGUGGUGCUGUUUUAA